AGCAGUUUCAUGUCUAUCCUUGUUUGGUUGAUAUGGGAUUUAGAAAGUAAUCGAGUAAUUCAAUACUUUGAGAAAGUAAUUAGUUCAGUAAUCUAAUUACACUGUUGAAGAUGUAAUAAGCUGCACUGUAACUUACCCAGCACUACUAAACAGUAGGUAGCUGAAGACCAUCCUACUAAUUUUAAUGUAAAAAGUAUUUUUUUCAGCAGAGGUAAACAAUAUAUAAUAUACUCGAUACUAUAUAUUCGAUACAUAAACAGUCAUGUUUUGCAUUUAUAAAAAAGAAGAAAAAAAGAUAGUACCUUUUAAAAUAACGUAAUAAUUAGCAAUUGGCUUAUUCAUUCAUUGAUUUGUCAGAUAAUUGUGUGUGUUUGUGUGGAGAGAGAAAGAGAGAUACAAGCGCAUGCGCGCUACAUACAUUUACACUUCCGGGUUUUUUGAAAUGUAACAUUUCGCUUGUGAUGUAUCGAUGAAACUUGUUGCCCGGGCAGAGAAUAAAAAGGUGCUUGGCUGUAAUUAAAGCGACACAUUGUUUAAAGGCAAAAGAAACAGCGGCGGUGAAUACUGUCAUGCUCUGCGAAUUAGACUCUCACUAGACUCGCUCUGAUGGACUGAUGUUGCACUGGUGUGCCUUAUGACCGGACGAACAGCAGCAUGACGCGCCUGAUGUUUCUAGCAGCCGCGGCGUUUCUCCUGUCCGCUCCUGCGAGCGCCUCUCAGGGGGACAAAGAGCCCGUCUAUCGCGACUGCGUCAAACAAUGCGUCCGGACCAACUGCACGGGGGCCCGACUGCGCGGAUUCCAGUCCUCUCAGCCUCCAUACAUGGCACUCACCGGCUGGACGUGUCGUGAUGACUGCAGGUAUCAGUGCAUGUGGACCACCGUGGGUCUGUACCAGGCAGAGGGCUACAGCGUUCCACAGUUUCACGGGAAGUGGCCAUUUGCUCGUUUCCUGUGUUUUGAGGAGCCUGCGUCCGCGCUGGCGUCUCUGCUCAAUGGUCUGGCAUGUCUGCUGAUGCUGCUGAGAUACCGUAGCGCCGUCCCUCGACAGAGCCCCAUGUACCAAACCAUCACCGCCUUCUCACUGGUUUCCCUGAAUGCAUGGUUCUGGUCUACAGUGUUUCACACGAGAGACACCUAUCUAACAGAGAAGAUGGACUACUUCUGUGCAUCAGCUGUCAUUCUUUACUCUAUCUACUUGUGCUGUGUCAGGACGUUGGGCUUGCGUAGGCCUGCAAUUUCUAGUAUGGUGGGAGUUCUGCUCAUUCUGGCCUUCACGUCCCAUGUGUCUUAUCUGACCUUUGUCAGUUUUGACUAUGGGUACAACAUGGCUGCUAAUGCCACCAUAGGCAUGAUAAACCUGUUGUGGUGGUUGUGCUGGUGUUGGCUGAACCGCAGGAUUUUACCGUACUGGUGGAAGUGUGUGAUGGUGGUGCUCUUACUGCAUGGCCUUGCCCUGCUGGAGCUGCUGGAUUUCCCUCCUCUCUUCUGGGUCCUAGAUGCUCAUGCCGUCUGGCACCUCAGCACCGUGCCCGUCCACUUCCUCUUUUACAGUUUUCUCAUAGAUGACAGCCUUCACCUCCUCAACACAGAGAAGCCUGGAGUGAAACUGGACUAGGAGGAAACAGUCUCAGAACCCCAACCCCUCCUCUGAUAUCCUUCUCAUCAGGGCAAGUGCGAGCCGGACUGAGCCAAGCCUCAACCGCAGUGGCUUCCGGCACAUGUCCCGGGGCUGAAGUUCUGAAUUUCAUUGUUUUCCUUUGUUUUUACUGUUUCUUUUUACCAUAACUUUUUUAUUUUUGCAUUGUACAGAAAGGAUUGUUGUUUGGGCUGGUUUUAAAGAUGUGCCACUGUACUGUAGUUGAAACCUGAUAGAUGUUUGCAUUCACUUGAGCUUUGCCUUUCAAUUAAGAAGUAAAUCAGCCUUUAUCAUCACAGCACUCUUUUAAAAAGGUGCACUGAAUAAUAACCAUCUUUGCAGAUGAAUAUCUUCACAUAAGUUGUUCAUAUCUCCCACUCAUAUCCGUCUACAUUUGUGGUGCUUGAUUUAGUGGCCCUGAAUUGAAUAUAUCUCCGAGAUAAAAGUAGAUUGAGCUUAAGUUUUAAACAUCCAUUCACUAUAAGCGUGCUGAACUUCAGGAGGGGUUAUGAGUGAGCAGUGUGCUCUGUUUUUGAGACAUGUGGCUGUUACCUCACCAGGGUGCAACACCAGUGGCUACCAGCAGAAGGUAGUGCUGAUUAGCUUCCAUAUUGCAGGAAGUCACUUUUCGUUCACUGUUCUGUGAAUUCCCAGCAUAGACUUGUGAUGGAUUGGAUGUUUUGUUGUUGUAGCAGUGCAUAUAUCAAGUUACCCAUUUUUCCAUAGUCAUCACUCAGUUUAAUCACUGUAGAUAAAAAAGAAAUAGUCCACACACAAAUGAAAAUUAGUGCUGAAAAUUAACAUAAGGAAAAGUUUAGUAGAAAGUUCAUAUAAUAAAAAUAAAAGGUCACCAUUGAUCGACAAGCUUUAAAAAUGGCAAAAAGCACCAUGGCCUCUAUCGGCCCAUUCACACCAAAAACGAUAACUAUGAAGUUUGAAAACAUUCUAAUUCUGUUAGAAUAAGAACGUUUACAUCGUUAUAACAGUGAUGACACAGGAAUGAUAUCAUUGGAAUCACUUUCAGAACAAUUUUUUCUAGCUCAUGAAUGAUAAAAACAUUGACAGCCAAUCAAAAUCCAUCUUGCUUUUAAGAGCCCAAGCAUUUUAAGAGCCCCGGUGAUGAAACUCAAGUUUUUAAUGUUGUUUACAUGUCUAUCAGGUGUUUUAAUAUGCCAAACUAUGUGCAAACUCAAAAGUCAACACCACUGCAGAUCAGUUUCUCCUUAAAACUGCGGUGUACCAAAGACUCAAAAAUGCAACAA